ACACUUAACUUCAGAAGAGUAUAAAAGAAAAUUCUUUUUUUUUUUGCAUCUUUCUACCUUCCCUGUGCAGUCCAGCACCACCAUCCUAAAAAUUCCGACAUAAUGAAGUGGGGAACAUUAAUUUCUUUUCUUUUCGUUGUAAGCCUUACAAUAGCAAAAGCCCUGCCCAGAAGUUAUCGGGAUGUAGGGGAAAAAAACAUUAUCCGUGAACGUUUUGCUGAGCUAGGAGAACAAAAUUUUAGAGCCAUAUCCAUGGUCAUGUUUGCUCAGUAUGUGCAGAAAGUCUCUUUUGAAAAAGCAGCUAAAAUGGUAGAUGAUGUCACAGAUCUUGCAAAAAGGUGUGUUGCUGAUGCCAAAGACCCAAAAUGUGCCGAGCCACUGACUACCCUUCUCCUGGCUGAAAUCUGCCAGGAGGAAGGCCUUACUGGAAUUACUGAGUGUUGUGCUAAAGAUGACUCUGAAAGAAAUGAAUGUUUUCUGUCCCAUAAAAAUGUCACCAAAGGAUUCAUUCAUCCCUUUAAAAAUCCAGAACCUGAAAAAGCAUGCAGUGAUUAUGCUGAUAACCAAAAUUCACUAGUAGGCUAUUUCAUCUAUGAAAUUUCCAGACGGCAUCACUUCCUCUAUGCCCCGACAAUCCUUUUCACUGCUUACAAUUAUGAGAAGAUGAUGAACAACUGCUGUAGCGCUAAAAACAACCCUAAUUUUAACCUGACAGAAUGCUUUGUAAAGCAGCAACCAGUUGUGAUAAAGCCAGUAAAAGAAGAUGGUUCCAUGCAGGAACACACAUGUGAGAUCCUGAAGAAAUUUGGAGAAAGAACAUUGAAGGCUCUGACGCUUGCUCUUUUCAGCCAGAAAUUUCCUAAGGCUGAUUUUGACACCAUGAUGAAAAUGACAACAGACAUUGUGGAGAUGCAAAAGGAAUGUUGUCAAGGAGACAUGCUGGAUUGUAUGCAUGACAGGGCAGAGUUUACAUCAUACGCAUGUUCCCACCAAGACGCCAUCUCAAGUAAAAUUCAAAACUGCUGUGAAAAGCCUGUGCUUGAAAGAAGCAAAUGUAUAUUUAUGUCAGAAAAUGAUGACAAACCCACAGGCUUGUCACCUCAAGUCAGACAGUUUAUAGAGGAUCAAGAUGUCUGCAAACACUUUGAAGAGAAAAAAGAUGUCUACUUGGCCGAGUUUCUCUAUGAAUAUUCCAGAAGACACCCCGAGUUCUCCCUUCAAAUGCUUUUAAGAAUUGGUAAAGGAUACCACGGUUUACUGGAAAAGUGCUGCAAAACCAGCUCUCCUCAAGAGUGCAAUGGCAGAGGGGAAGAAGAGCUGAGAAAACACAUCCAGGAGUCCAUAGCACUGUUAAAGACCAACUGUGAACAAUACAAGGAACUGGGAGAUUAUGCUUUCCAAAAUGAGCUUCUUCUGCGCUAUACCAAGAGAAUGCCUCAGCUGUCCUCCAAAGAGCUGAUCCAAUACACAAAGGAAAUGGUGGCAGUUGCUUCCAGGUGCUGUCAGCUCAGCGAUGACAAACAAAUGCUGUGUUCUGAGGGAUUUUUGGAUCUUGUGCUUGGGGGAAUAUGUAGAAGACAUGGGACAGAUCCUAUAAACCAGAAUGUCUGCCGUUGUUGUGAUGAUUCCUAUGCUCUCAGGGCGCCCUGUAUCGCCAGCUUGGACGUUGAUGAAAAAUACAUACCAAUACCAUUGACUCCUAGUCUAUUUACCUUUGAUGAAGGCUUGUGUACAACUGAAGAAAACAAACUACAAGAAAAGAAGCAGAAUCUGCUCAUCAACCUCAUCAAGUAUAAGCCUCACAUUACAAAAGAACAGCUGGACUCCAUCACUACAGCUUUUACCACCUUUAGAGAGAAGUGCUGCAAGGUGGACAACCAUAAUGCAUGCUUUGCAGAAGAGGGCCCAAAUCUGAUAACCCAGGGCAAGGCUAUUUUGGGAGAAUAAAACUACUCAGUGGAAGAAGAUGGUGAUAAAAUUCAUCUGUGCUCCAUUUAUUUUGUUUUUUCUUUUCUAUUUGCCAUCUAUGUCUAAGUCCUCUCAAGUGAAGGAAACAAGAGUCUUCUAUUAUUUUUAUCUCUCAGUUUUGCGACCA